AGGCAAAGGUGGGUCGGUUUAGAGGAAUGGAAGGCGGGAAAAUGGUGUCCAUCUCAGAGCUGGUUGAAGGUCGUCGUCCCCUCACCGCUACAUCCACUCUUCACUCUCCUCCCUCUACUUCGUCUCACACACCUCCCAUUUCCUCUUCAUCUUCCUUCCCAAACUCCAAUCUUCCUCCAUCUACCCCCGCAGGCGGUGUCACUGCCCCAAGAAUCCUCACCCCUCUCAACCACCCUUCAUAUCUCAUCGGAACCCUAACCCUACCUUCCUACCUCCAUUCAACCCCUGCUCUUCCUUGUUGCUCCCACAGCACCUGCUUUGUCUUCUCCGAUGCUUCCUCCACUGUUUGCUGUGAUGUUCUCCAUCUUGAUCUUCGAAUCAUUGGCAACAGAAUCCGCGUUCUUUCCUGGAACUUCAUUCCUUCCAAGUGCGGCGGCUUCCUGGAGAUUAUUAGAUGGAGUUUCCUGGAUUCUACUGCUGGACUCAGUCGUUGUUCCAAUUUAGAUGCAUUUCCGUUGGUUUUGGGUUCUUCCUCUGCUUCUAAAGACGGUUCCAAGGGUCGUUAUAGCCUUCGCGGUGUAUUAGAGUCGGUCAGCCCUGUUUCAGUCAUCCCUUGUUCAGUUGUGACUCGUACUUCUCAAAGCGGUUCUGGUACAAAUUUUAGCACUCCAAGCAAUUUACGUGGAUUUCUUGCGCAGAUUAUGGUUUGUGAGUGCGAAUUAUGUUGUUCCAAAGAGGUGUUAAUGUCUUUGGACGAUCCACGUCAAGGGUUAAGGGGCCAUUGUUUUACUAAACCUCAGAUUCUUUACUUUUGUGGGUCUGGCUCAUCUUGGCAUCCAUUAUUUACAAAGCUUAUUGGAAAUGUUAUUUGUAUAUCACAUUUGAAGAAGAAGUUAGUUUUCAUUGGAAAGGAAGAGUCUCAGCUCAUGUAUGUAACCACAGGGAAGACUGUGCUCCGAGUGUUGAGCAUGGCCAAUCAAGAGCUUCCGCAUAAAGAGGCUGUAAUUAAGGGGAUGGGUGAAUGUGGCCUUUAUUCCGGCAUUAUAACAGGGAUAUACAUGCAAGGAAUGGUUAUAAAUCUGGAUGAACGAGUGUGGCUUUUGAUAACAGAUAGACUACUUAAUCCACCGCAUAGUCUUAGGGUGGGCGCACUAAUAUCCGUCAGAAAUAUCCACUUUCUGAAUCCAAAAUUUUCUUGGACAGAAAUGCUUAUACUUGGGUCUUGCUUUAAGACUAGCAUUAUUGUAGAAUGCUUCUCUCCAUUGGAAACUGGCUGCCAUAAGGUUUCACAAUCUCAGAGCCUGUUGGGGAAGUUUAUUGACUCAUUAGCAUUUUCUGCCAGACUAUGGGUGUUGCUUGUUGUUUCGUGUUUCAGGAAAAAGUUCUGUGGAAUACUAACAGAGAAGGAGAUUUUAGGAUCAAAACAUAGGGAAGGAUUGGUUCAGGUGUUUGCUAGGUCACAUUUACCUUCAUCAGUGUUUCAAUAUCGGUAUGGUGUAUUCAUGGAAUUCUGUAAGCAUGACUCAUGUGGCUGUGGGACUGAACCAAAUUAUGAUCAGCUAAAAUUGGUGGCACCCAUCUCUAAUCUUGUCCACCAUUGUGAAGCCAUGUGGAUGAAAAACCAAUUAGAAGGUGAUUGUGAAACAAUGGUCAACAACAACGAAUUUAGCCAGCUGUCCUGUGGAGGGAGAUCUCAUGGCCUUCCAAUUACAAGGAUUUUGCCUAGUGAAGCAAUAGGUGUUAUUUUGCUUGGAAGUUUAAAGAUUUCUCCUUCUGGAAGACUGCAAUUGAUUGAUGCCACAGGCUUCAUUGACGUUGUUAUACCAGAUCUUCCAUCAGAUUGCAAUAGCAACAGCAUAUAUGAGGUAAAUGACUACAGUCUUGUUAUGGAAGGCAUGCCUGAUCACUUGGAUCAUUUUGGAUUAGUUGAAAUGGAGCCGUUCUCAUGCAGAAGUAUCUUUGAGAGUUCUCCAUUAGUGAGAGAGAUAAGUUUAACAAUGUAUGUUUACUUUCAUUUGCGAAAAUCAAGCCUUCAAAACUUUCUUGUCCAUCCCCAUAUGAAUUUGAAGGAUAAUCUUAAGGAACUUGAAGAUGGAAGAUUUCAUAUGCUCCAUGUAACACACAAGUUUCCUGUGCUACAAAAGUUUCAAAAAGAUCAAGUUGUUUCAGAUGGAUUGAGCAUGCUUGUUGAGGCUGUGGUCUUGCCUUGGGAUUUGUUUCUUUCUGGGAAAAAUCCAACUAAGGUUUCCAAGGACCAGAAAAAGGAACCUAUGGAACUUUAUAACAGUAGAAACUACCAUGAGUAUGUUUCUUUCAAGAGAUGCAAAAUUGAUCAUGCAUCAAGCCGCCUAUUGAGCUCAGGCUUAACAGAUAAGUCAAGUGUUGCUGGUAUGGGAUCGUGUGGUCAUCUGAGUGACUGUUCUAGUGCUAAUAAACAAUAUCCAGUUGAAAUUCCAUGUCUGGCUUGCUGUAGAAGUGGCCGCCUUGUUAGUUCAGGAUCAUUGUAUUGCACAGAGGCUGCUUUAAAGUUUGGCGCUGGCUGCAAGCUGGGUGCACUAAAAGUAUUGCUAGAGUUCAAGUCAGAAAGUUUUUUCAAGUAUCAGUUGUUGCAAAUUGGAGGUUAUUACAUCACAAAGCACCAGAACAAAGAUCUUUUCUGCAAUCAUAGAGACUUUGAUUAUGUCAGAGGUGGUAAAUUUCUUAUUACCUCUGGAACAACUAUUUGGAGCUUGUCAUUCUCCUAUGAUGAGAUUUUCCACUAUACUGAUCCAUCAUUUGAUCCAGCAUUAGUCACUUGUCCUCUCCACAAUUCUCAGCAGACUGAACUAUUACUCCAGAGGUCCACUGAUAAUUGUCAUGAAAUGUGUUCAGAUAUUCAUCUCCAUCUCCCUGCUGAUUUAAAAAAGGAAUUGGAAGUGGAUUUUACGGUAUUAGAAAAAGAUCUGAUCAAGACAGCUCCAAAACUGGAAGAGGUUGCUAAUGUUCCUCUAUGCAUUGAAACAGCAAUGACUGCAUCAAUGCAAUCUUUUCAAACUGAUGAUUCUGCUUUCCUUUUGCCUGAGGGGAAUCUAGUGUCUCUACAGGGACAGGUCUUAGCUGUUCAUAAUCUCAACCACACUUCUCUUGAUGCACACUCGAGCAAUGAAAAUUAUGGUGAUGUUCGGCAGUUGAGACUCUCUAGGGGAGUGACAUGGAGCACGUGUAUUCAUGUCUUGAUGGACCAUCACAUUGUGAGCAUUUUUGGUGGCCUAAGUGAGCAUGCUUAUCCUACUGGAUUUGGACCCGGGGUAGUUGCAACUUUUCAUCGAAUUCUAGAACUGGGUGGGCAGAAUAGAUUGAUGUUGACACCUGUAUCAUUUAUUGCAAUCAACUCCAUGAAGCUAAACAAUGACCAAUACAAUGCUGAGUGUUCAAAUCCAGUUAAUGUUUCAGAGUUAUACAAUUUUGUCCCUCUAGAUGCAGUUUCUUCUUGUUUGAUCUCUGAGUUGAUUCAGUGCUUGGAGUGUAAGCCAAUGCAAUUUCACUGUAGGAUUGUGGCAGUCCAUUUUCUGGUGCUGGAGAAGAAUAGAAAAUCACAACCAAAAGUCCCCUGCAGGCUAUCUGUUGAUAUUCCACUUGCCAGUUUUGUAUUGGAUGAUGGGUCAUCCUCAUGUUGUUGCUGGGCUAAUGCUGAAAGAGCUGCAACCUUGCUAAGGCUACAUGAAGAAUUCCCAUUGAAAGCAUUUGGAAGCAGUAGCUGGAAAUUAAAGGGGAUUGGUAUAGACAAUGCCUGCAGGACCACUAUUUAUCAUCUGGACAAACUCUUAAAGAAGCAUGGAAGAAUUACUGUGAAAAACUACGGAUCUAUAUCUGAUUCUUGUAGUCAAGAUCUUAUGUUUUCUGUUGGUUCAAAUGAUCUCUUGAGCAGUUCAGAUGAGAACCUCCUCAAAUUCAUAAUCCUUAAUGCCUGCAUUGGAACAUUUUGGACUAUUAUUGGUGAUGUGAUGGAUUCUGAAGCUGUAGGGCAGUUGGAGGAACAUGUUCCAAAGAUGGGGAUGACAAUGCAUGCAAUGCAAAGUAUAUGGGCUAAAGAAGUUAGCUAUGCAAACCCUCUCACAGAGGCCAGGAAUAUGGUUGAAGAACUUCUAAACAGGUAAACAGCAGCGGGAUGUGCUUAAAGACUUUGUUUGGGCAACAUUUUUUACAAAUCAUGGCUGUUUCUCAAAAGCUACACCUGUUUAGCUGCCUGGGCUUCAUAGAUAUUCAGUUUUGGGUGCUACAUGUGGGUUAUAGGAUGCACUAGAAUUUUUUCCAUUAGCAAGCGAGAGGAGACACCAGUUGGCCAGGUGGAAGAUGAAUAAUGGAAGUUGUAUUGGGUCAAAAUGUGGGACAAAAAUUGAAUUGUCAAGACUUCUCUCUGUGGACUGAAUAAUGAGGAGAGCUUGGUAAUUGACAAAGUGAUGAUGGAUGUUUUAAUUAAAAA